GAGAGACUGCCUUCAAACCCUAAACCUUCGUUAACCCUUCAAACCCUAAACCUUCGUUAUCCCUUCAAACGUUCGAACCCACUUUAGUCGACAACAGAAAUCUGCAAUGCAAAGAACGACCAGCAGUUAUUGGGAACGACCAGCGUUUUAAAUAGCGUCUCCAGGCUGAAAUGGGUAAAGAUAAACGAGAACACGAUCUUUCUGGCAGAGGAGACCCAAAAUUGUCCACUAAUUAUAGGGCAGCUCAACAAUUUGACCACUUCGACAGAGAAGAAAGUGUUAGGGAUAGCAUACUGAGGUAUGAAGCGGAGAAGGAAUGCAUUGUGGUGGACACUGAAAAUGCAGCAGAAACGGAGCCUGAUAAAGCAGCAGAAAUGGACAUUGAUAAUUAUCUUGGUGAGUCUGACAGCACCUACAAAUGCGGCAGCGAAGAAGGCACUGAUGAUGACAGCUUCAUUGAUGGCGGGAGUGACUUCGAUGAUGAGUACGCAAGUGCGAAGCAACAGAAGAAAAUUUUAAGAAGUGCUGCAAUUGAUAGCAUUAAUGGGUUGGGGUUGGACGCCAUGCUUGAUGCUCCGGGGGGUGUUGCUAGUGUAAACGGGAAGUAUUGGGAAGGAGGGGGGGUUGGUAACUUAGAUGCCCAUGCGGGUUGCGAAGAGUCUGAACCUGGAAGUGACUAUGCGGACACUGACGACGGGCUGAUCACACCCUCUAGCAGUGAUGAGGACAGCCUAAUUCCUAAGAAGAGGAAGAAAAGAACUCGGUUGUACUAUAACCCAAAUUGCAACCACGAAGAGUUGGAAUUUAAAAUGAACAUGAUAUUUGUGAACAAGAUUCAAGUUAAACAUGCUGUACAACAGUGGGCUAUCUGCCGUGGCCACGAUGUACGUUGGAAAAGGAGUGAGCGGUUUAAGGUCGAAGCUAGAUGCGCACCUGGUUGCACAUGGAGGUUAUAUGCAAGUAGGAAACUGUCCUCCACUUCCUUUAAGAUCACAGGGCUGGAUAAUAAGCACAUGUGUCAAAGGGCGGCGAAAAAUAGACAAGCGACAUCGGAGUGGGUGGCGAAAGAGUUCAUUCAGAAGUUUAGACGACAGCCUUCAUACAAACCCCGUUACAUGGAAGCUGAUCUAAGGGAAAAAUAUUAUGGACUAGUAGUGCCCACUUCAUGUUGCUAUAGAGCAAAAACUACUGCAAUGGUUAUCAUCCGAGGGUCUCUGGAAACCCAUUACACUAGAUUCAGAGCGUACGAUGCUGAGUUGAGAAGGGCAGACCCAGAAGGUUUAUUCUGUUUUCACUUCAUUGAAGACCCAACAACUGGCGCUCCGGUUUUCCAGCGGUACUACGUUGGGUUUUCAUGUUUAAGAAAGGGGUUUAAUGCUGGUUGUCGGCCAGUGUUAUGUGUGGACGGCUGUUUCCUCAAGACACUUGUAGUUGGCGUUCUGUUAAGUGCCGUAGGCCGGGACGCGAACAACCAAAUGUACCCGGUGGCUUGGGCGAUUGCUGAAGCAGAGAACGAGGAAACCUGGACGUGGUUUAUGAACUUGUUGAUAUCAGAUCUUGGGUUCGGGGAGGGUGUGUAUUUGACUCUCAUUAGCGACCAACAAAAGGGCUUGAAAAAUGCAAUUAAGAGUGUGGUACCUUUUGCCGAGCACCGAAAUUGCGCCCGCCAUAUUUAUGCUAACUGGAAGAAGAACCAUAAGGGCGCUGAACUGAAGCGACUGUUUUGGAAGGCUGUGAAUACACCUAAUCCUCUAGAGUUUGACAAUGUUAUGGAUUUGAUAAUGGCUGAGAAGAUGGAAGCCCACACAGAUUUCAUGAAGCAGUUGGAGAACACAUUUUGCAAAGCCUUUAUUAGGCCUAAUUUAAAGUGUGAUGCCAUUACGAGCAAUUUGGUUGAGACCUUCAACGGAUUUAUUUCUAAGCCAAGGCAACUUCAAGCAAUCAACAUGCUAUACUGCCACCGCCAUAUCGUAAGAUGCCUGGCCGUCCUAAGAAGAAUAGGAGGAGAGACCCUGACGAGGAACCUAAGAAGCCUCAGAGGUUUGCAAGAAAGGGUGUUGCAAUGACAUGCACUCAUUGCCUUGUCGAGGGACAUAACAAACGUGGCUGCCCCAAUAAGGAUAGUGCCCCUGCUGA